UCGAACGCCCACACGUGAGGUAAUCAAAAUGAAGUCCCUAUUCCUGAUCAUCGCUGGCCUAACUCUGUAUGUGGCCUAUAUAAAUGCCCAGAUUUGCCAAGGUCGUCCAGUCUUUCAGUUGUGCACUGGCGGCAAGGAUGAGGGAAAUCGCAAUGGACGACUUUGCGGCUUGACUGCCCAGAAUGGUAUGUGGUUCUAUAAUAGCCGGAACAGGAAGUGCGAGAAGAUGAACUAUCGCGGCUGUGGCGGCAACGGCAAUCGCUACUGCAAAGUGGAAGAUUGCAAUCGGUGCAGGCGCUGAGCUCAUCAACUCCUUGAAGUUAUUACUCUGAGCUUUGCCAAUCAAAUGAUCGAAUAAAAGCAGAAAUUAUAUGUU